CCUCUUUACCUGAUUGGGAUGAGGUUGCGGUACCUGAAGCCAUUGUGCUGCAGGAACGUCCUACACGGAAUAGGCGAGGGAAAGAAGCUUAAUGUCGCCUCCGUCUCACCGGCCGGCUAGGCGAUUCGAGUGAGGAAACAAGGAGCAUCUCACACUACCUCCGCUAUAAGAGUACAACGGUCGCCGGUCACUACCUCAUCUCUUGUGACGACGACCAAGAACCUUGAAUAGUUGUUGAUCCAACUUUCAGCUAGCAUCGGAUAAUCUAUAUACACUCCUUACUAAUAACUUCCCGACUACAAUAAUCAGUCCUUACAAUACCAGCACACAAAAUGCACAGCUCAACAGCAGCCUUCCUUCUCGCCCUGCUGGGCACGGCGAGUUCCUCACCUGUCGCGAUCCAGCCCCGCCAGGCCGACUUCUCAGGGAACCAGCAAGAUGGUCUCGCCGCCGGGUGCCAGUCCAUGAUCGUCAUCUUUGCCCGUGGCACCACCGAGGGAGGCAACGUUGGUACCAUCGCCGGCCCGCCGUUCUUCCAAUCCCUGGCUACUCAGGUCGGCGGCAGCCUCGCCGUGCAGGGUGUCGAGUAUCCUGCCGAUAUCCCCGGCUUCCUGGCCGGAGGUGACGCCAACGGUUCCCAGAUGAUGGCCACUCUUACCGAGCAGGCCAUCACCAACUGCACCAACUCAGCCGUCAUCAUGUCUGGAUACUCCCAGGGUGGACAGCUCGUCCACAACGGCGCUGCUAUGAUGCAGCCCGACAUGGUGGCAAAGGUUGCCGGUGCCGUUAUCUUUGGUGACCCGCUCAACGGACAAGCUGUCCAGGGCGUGGAUGCCUCCAAGACAAAGGUCAUCUGCCACAACGGCGACAACAUCUGCGAGGGCGGCAACCAGAUUCGCCGCGCUCACUUGACGUACGGCAACGACGCCGAUGAGGCCGCCACCUUUGCCGCCUCGAUGAUGCCGGCUGCCGCGGCCCCUGCUGCGGCUUAAGAGGGACCCCGGGAGCCUUCUCAGAGUUGACCUCGGAGGCUUUUCUUUUCUUAUCCACACUCUCUUUGUAUAUACACAUCUUAAAUACCUUUUUUGUGUGCACAAAAGCCCAAGCCAAACAGGUUGCACUCACUUAUUUACUUACAUAGUACCUAUU